CACCAUCAAUCAGUCACGACCGCGACUAUCAAACAGUCUGGACGCAUAACACAAAUCGUUCGAUCGGUGAUUAUACAACCAUUCUCGCCAAAUCAACUCAUUCCCUUUUUUGCUCUUGCCCUCCUCCUCCUCCUCCUGUUCCUGCUCCUGCCUUUUGUGAGUUGUGCGUGAUCGUGUCGUUUAUUCUCAGGCAGAUUUCAUCGACAAAAUUAAUAAAUAAUAAAUCAUUAGAAAAAGAAAAGAAAACAAAGAGAGACGCACAUAAUUUCAACAUGAUGACGUCUGAGCAGAGAAGCGAAUCGGUGGUGGACAAGCAUCAACAGCAUUCGUCGCUGACGGAGGACAGCAACAGCAACGCGAGUAGCGCCAGUUUGAACAGCCGCAGCGGCGGAAGUAGUCCCAGUGAUAACAGCAGCGUCGACAUCGAGAACGGCGGAUCGGUCGGCGACGCACCGAUCAACGUCGAUCUUUCGGACUCGAUCGCGGCCGCCGUGCCGGCCGUGAUCAUGUCCGUGGCCGACUCGCUGUCGCCCGUCAAAGCAGCUGUUCAUCACCAGCCGCACGAAGCGUCUGGCUCAUCGGCGACAGCCUCGCACACUAGCAAGUUAAGUCUCAAUCAUCAAGUCAGCCACUUGUACACGAUCGAGGCUAUUCUUGGACUGAACAAUCAACACUCCAAAGAGAAAGACGAUCGGUGCGAUGUUGGCGGAGGGAGGCACCAGCAGGCGAAAUUGUUCCGCGAAAUGUCGCAAGCUCAUCAUCAUUACAAUGCUGUGCGUCCCAACGAGGCGGAUGCUGAACAGCAUCCGAUGAUGAGCAGCAUCAAUCAGCCGGAGGAGAGCAGCGAUGAAGACGGCCAUCAGGCGAACAAGAGCGGCAUGAGCGGCGCUGAAAAUGGCGCAGGCGGAGGUAGCGGCAACAGCAAAAAACACCGGCGGAACAGGACGACGUUCACGACGUUCCAGCUGCACGAACUGGAACGCGCCUUUGAAAAAUCGCACUACCCCGACGUCUACAGUCGCGAGGAGUUGGCUAUGAAAGUCAACCUGCCCGAAGUCAGAGUCCAGGUCUGGUUCCAGAACAGACGGGCCAAAUGGCGACGACAAGAGAAGAUGGAAGCAUCGCAACAACUGCGCAAGUUCCAGCAAGAAUUUUCUUCGAUGAUUCCGGCCGCUGCGGCUGCCACCACUCCGCGCUACAACAAUAACAACAACAAUGGCGGAUCGGCUGUUGUUGCGGCUGCGGCCGCAGCCGCAGCCGGACUGCCCGCUCAUCUCGAUCAUUGGCUAUCGCUGACUUCCGGUGCGGCUAUGGCCUAUCAUCAAGCGGCGGCUGCGGCGGCUGCGGCCGCUUCGUCGGCCUAUCCGCCCGCAGCUUCUUAUUUAAUGGCUCCGAUGAUGGGAUCGGCUGCGCUGAUGAAUCAGGUACAACAUCAUCGGCAAACGACUCCGUCGCCAUCCAGCGGCUCUUUGACCAUCGCGUCUCGGGAUUCACCGGAUCACGUCGCUACACCCACCUCCCGAUUCCGCAGAGGCGAUUCCAAGCCGCUGUAGUCCCGCUGAUCCCCAUUUUAUUUUUGAUCGAAAUCCCCCAGCAUAUUAAUGUCGGCUUAUAUGAAGAAAUUUGUGUUUCAGACGUAAAAUGGUCUUGUGUGCUGUCUCCCAUAUCAAAAUUCCAAUCAUUCGUGUGUCCAUUCCGUGUAUUGAUAUCAGUGAGGAAACAUCAUUUUUGAGGGGCAUGAGAUACUUGUAAAGUGUGAUGAAUUCUGCAUUCGCUCGAUACAUUUAGGUAUAUAUAUACGUACAGUACAUAUAAAUAUAUAUUAUAUAAAGGCUCUAUACACUUGUGUGCAAUUUCGUUUGUUGGUUUUGAUUGCCAAUGAGUGACGUGACGUGACCGACUUUUCUCUUGUAGUUUCUCCUGUAUUGUCUGGCCUCCUCUUUCGAACUGACACCCAAUCGUGUACAUAUACAUUAUGAACGUAAACUGACAGAACAAUAAACACGAAAUCAAUUACCCUUA